AACAAAACGAACGAUCACACGACGAAAAUAAACAUUAUUUUUUUUAAAUUUACUGCAGCCGGCAUCUAAUAAAUUGAUAAUGGAUGAAAUGGAUGAUUCGAAUGAAAUGAAAAAUUUGUCGAGCCCUGAUUUCUCAGAUGAUGAAUUGGAGUCGAUGGAAAUUCGUUGCAAAGAGAUUGAAUUCCAAUUACUGGAUAAUAAGUAUAUGUAUGACCUGCAUACUGAGCUUGUUGCAUUAUAUGAAAAGCUAGCUGAUUUCGACUCACUCAAAGCAGCUUACCUAAGGUUUCAUGAAUGUUUCCCUUUAACCCCAAAGAUAUGGCUCACGUGGAUCAAAAAUGAAAUAAAAGUUGCCGUAUCAGAUCAGGAGAAACAAUACAUAGUAAAAUUGUUCGAUCUGGCGGUGGAAGAUUAUUUAUCUAUAGAGUUAUGGCAAGCAUAUGCUGAGUAUGCAAUGGAAAUAGGUAGUUUAGAAAAAUCAAGGGAAGUAUUAGAAAAAGCUUUAAAUAAUGCUGGAUUACAUACCAAAGAUGCUUCUUUACUUUGGGAUUAUUUGAGAGAAAUAGAAUUAGCAAACUUGUCAAUGGCUCCAAAAGAAACUGAUUCAUGGAAGGUGCAAGCAGCUCGAGUAAUAAAAACAUUUCAAAGACAACUGGCAGUCCCAUUAAUAGGUAUGGAAAAUACUUACGGUGAAUGGCAGGAAUGGAAAGGAACCUUACCUUCUGAUUUCACAUUUGAUCCUGAACCUAUAGAGUGGGGUUAUAAGAAAGCUUUAAAAGACUUGGAACUGUACAAGCCUUUUGAAGAAGAACUUUUGAGCACCCAGGAUGAAUCACAAAUCUUUGAAAUAUACAAGAGAUAUAUAUUAGUUGUGAAAGAUCCCCCAACUAUUAUCUGUUUGUAUGAGAGAGCUGUAUCCCAGCUGAGCUUAAAUCCUGCACUGUGGUUAGACUAUUGCAAAUAUGUGUAUAAAUUGGGGGAUAUUGCUUUGAAAAUUUCUGAAAGGUCACUAAGAAAUUGUACAUGGAGUGAAGAGUUGUGGAUAAUGAAGCUCAGAAUUCUAGAAAACUUGAAUAGAAAUGAGAGUGAAGUUAUGUCAUCUUUUGAACAAGGACUUACCGAUAUCGCUCCCUCUCCAGGUUUGCAGUUAUGGUUUGCAUACAUUGAGUAUAUUAAGAGAAACAGCAAAAAUGAAGAAAAAUUGAAUAAGUUGCUAGAGCAAGCAACUUUUAUCUGUGAAGGGUUUGAUCCCCAUUAUUCCUUUGGUAGAUUCCAUGCUAGACUCCUGGCAAAGAAAGACAAUAUCAAGGAAGCUAUGUCGAUUUGGAACAACAUUUUAAGUGUCCCUCAAAAUAAGGGUAACCUCACGUUUUGGUUGGAAUUCUUAGCUUUAAUCAAGCAGUAUGGAAAUACAAAUCAAAUAAGAUCAUUGUAUCAGAGAGCAUUGAAUUCUUGCAAAGAUUGGGCAUAUUAUAUUGCAGAAGAGUGGUUAUUAUUUGAAAGAGAAUAUGGUACAUUAUCCUCUAUCAUAGAAUGUAAUGAAAAAUGUAAAAAUGUGAAAUCAAAUCAUGAACAAGCCACCCAGCAGCAAUAUAAUCAGCAAGAAAACCACCACGAUGAAGACACAAAAAGGGGCAAAAAACGUAAACCACAUCAGGAGCCAAUAAGGGACAGUAAAAAACCUAAACCAGAUGUUGAAAGAAUGAUGAAGGAACCAAGAAAACCUAUAGAAAAAGAUCCCACGAAAACUGUGUUUGUAAGUAAUUUGGAUCCAAAAGUGGACGAGGAAAGCUUGAAAGCCAUCUUCCCAAAUGCUUUCAAUAUUGAAAUUUGUCUUGACAGAAAGGGAAAAUCAAAAUGUUUUGGAUACAUUCAGUUUUCUCAUGAAGAGGAAGUUAUGACUGCCUUGGCAAGAGAUCGCGAACCACUUAAUGGUCGACCAAUAUUUAUUUCGAAUUGCAAACCAGAUAAAAAUGAGCGCAAACCAGUGUUCAAGUAUUCCACAGAAAUAGAAGAAAAUAAACUUUUUGUGCGUGGACUCCCAAAAACAUUGUCUAAAGAUGAGGUUAUGGAGAUAUUUAAGCCUUAUGGAGCUAUUGACACCCGAAUUGUGUUACAUAAAAAUGGGCAAUCAAAAGGGCUUGCUUAUAUUGAAUUUCCUAACCCUGAAUCCACAAAGAAAGCUUUAACUGCUGUUGAUCAGAUGAAAAUUGGUGAAAAUGUUAUAUCAGUAGCUAUCAGUGCUCCUCCCCCUAAGAAAGCAAUAGAUGAGAAACCUUCUGAACCUACCAGGAAUUCUAGGAGCAGGUUACAAGUUCCUCUCAUUCCUAGAUCAGUACAGGUGAAGUCUGAUCCAUCUUCUACUGAAACCAAAAUAGUUCAAACGCCCAAAUCAAAUGAUGAUUUCCGGAGAAUGCUGUUGAAUAAGUGAAGUGUGUAUUGUACUCUGCAAAUUAUUUUAAUAGUUUUUCUUUUGUUUUAUUGAAGAAUUUUAAUUUUAAAUAUGAAAUCUUUGAAAUCCUUAUCAAUAUAUUGUAUUAAAUUUU